AUGGGAAGUUCGAGGAAGUACCACGCCAAGUUUGCGCAGAGCCGCGGGCAAAAACCGUCGCUGACGUUUACGACGUCGCCGGUGGUGUCGCAGGCGCUGUAUCAGUUCUACCCGGUGCUGGUUAUCGUGGAUUCGGUACUGAACAACAUGAUGUGGAUCCAGGAGGACACGUGCCUGGGGUUUGUGUACCUGGUGCUACUAUACUUCAGCGCGCAGACGCUGUACGCGGAGGUGGACCGGACGCGCGCGUUCGAGUCGUGGAUGUCGUUCGUCAGCGCGGGGUUCCUGGGGCUGUCGGCGGUAUACUACGUGCACAGCACGCUGAAAGAGAUGCAGGAGAGCGAGGCGCCGACGGUGGACGACAUCGUGAUCGUGCUGGAGUCGGUGCUGGACAAGCUGCAGCGGCUGCGGGUGGAGGUGCUUGGAUCCGGACUGCGGCGGCGGCUGGUGGUGGACGUGUGGGCGGCGCUGAAGCUGGUCGCGGUGCUGACGCCGCUGCACUGGGUGCUGGUGCGCGUGCUGACGCCGCUGGAGUGUUUCACGUGGUUCCUGGUGCUGGCAUCGACGUACCACUCGACGUGGUUCCAGUGCACGCUGCUGCUGUGCUGGCGCAGCCUGCCGGUGCGCGUCGCUUACUACCGUUUUUGGCGCCUGAGCCUGCGCGGCCGCCGCAGCGGGCAGCCGCUGCGGUACCGCGUGUUGAGCGAGGACGAGGUGGUGCCCUUCCCGCGCGCGCUGCAGCGGCUGUCCGGCGCGCAGCUGCAGCUCAAGCUGCAGUCGCUGCUGAUCAGCGACGCCGCGGCCACGGUCGACAUGGAGUCUACGGACUACAUCAAGGUCUGCAUCGUGGAGUUCUGCAUCGACGAAAACGAGCGCAAGUGGCCCAAGGACGGGUGGUCGCACACGCUGCUGCCCUACGAGCGCCAGCGCUACUCGCUGGCGCUGGACCCGCAGCACCGCGCCUCGCCGUCCCCCUGGCGCCUGCAGGAGACUGUCGCCCGCGACUGGCACUGGGUGGACGACACAUGGCAGCACUCUCCGUGGUCCUACUGCGACACCGAGUGGAAUUUUCUCGGAUCUAAGGACUCUAUUGGUUGCUACACGAGGCAUCGCACUUGGAAACGCAGGGCCUUCAGGAUAAAGGGAUGA